AUGGACUUAGUGGAGAUCCUGCUGGCACUUUUCAUCGUCGUGGUCGCGACGGUCUCCUUGUUGUCCAACUUGCUGGUGCUGGUAUGUUUUGCGCACAGCAGCGAGAUUCGCAGGCAGGUGCCGGGCAUUUUCACGACAAACUUGUCCUUUUGCAACCUGCUCAUCACUGUGCUGAACAUGCCGUCCACGCUGGUCGGGAUCGUAAAGGACCAGCAGCCUUUCGGGGACUGCCUGUGUCGCGCGGUCAGCUUCCUCGACACGUUCCUGACGGCCAAUGUGAUGCUGAGCAUGGCGGCGCUCAGCAUCGACCGCUGGAUCGCCGUGGUCUUCCCACUGAGCUACUCGAGCAAGAUGCGGUGCCGGGACGCGCUGCUGAUGGUGUGCUACGCGUGGCUCCACUCGCUCGCCUUCUCCGUGGUGGCGCUGCUGCGCUCCUGGCUCGACUACAGCCGCGCGUACGCGUCCUGCACCUUGCGCCUGAACGCAGAGAGCUCCCGCACCGACUUCGCCGCCUUCACCGUGGCCUUCCACGGCGCCAGCUUCAUGCUCUCGCUGCUCGUGUUGUGCGUGACUUACUUAAAAGUGCUCAAAGUCGCACGCUUUCACUGCAAAAGGAUCGACAUUAUCACAAUGCAGACGCUCUUCUUGCUUGUUGACAUACACCCAAGCGUUAAACAACGUUGUUUGGCUGAGCAAAAGAGAAGGAAACAGCGCGCCACCAAGAAAAUCAGUAUAUUUAUCGGAUCGUUUAUUAUUUGUUUUGCUCCCUAUGUCAUAACCAGGCUGACAGAGCUUCUUCCCUUUGUGGAUAUCAACCGAUACUGGGGCAUCAUCAGCAAGUGCUUAACAUACAGCAAGGCAGCUUCAGAUCCCUUUGCAUAUUCCCUCUUGCGCCAACAGUACAAGAAAGUACUAGUAACAGUAGCCAAUCGCCUGUUGAAACGUGACUUAUACCCUUCCUCUGGACACAACAGCUCACUGGACACAGAAAAUGACUACUGUCUCCAAAGAAUCAGCUAG